GAAUGUGGAUAGUUGAGACUUCCUGGAUGAAAAGUGAAACAUCUUCCUCAAGGAAAACAAACAGUCCAGUUGCCUUUUGAAAAAGCACUUUGAGACAACUAUGACCUGGAUAACUGAGAUUCUCCACAGACAUACCAGUUGCUCUCGAAGCAAGGUGCUUUGGAGAACAGCCCGACUCCCUCUUCUUUGUGGCAACCCCUGAGAUAUUGGAACACUGGUAUCAUGUCUCCCCAUUUGAUCUACUGGAGGAUGGAGUUUAAUCUCAAAUUCCUAGGUGAAUUGAGGAAGCUUUUACUCUUUUUGUCCAUUACUUGGUUCACAGCGGUCCCUGCCUUUCAGUGCUUUCUUCCCCGAAAAGUUGAUUGUGACUACUCUUCGUGCAAGUUACAACCAGAUUGGCAGGAUGAUAUGACUUACUACUUUGAAGACUAUUCUGGACUCCACCUUCUUUGGUCACCGCUUUCUGACAUAUCCAAUCCAUUUGCAUAUACAGUAUUUUUAAAAUGGAGUGCCAACUGUUGUGAGAAGUUAGAAAAAGUUUCAUCUCCUAUCAAUAGAACCCGGAGAUACAUGCUUAAAAAUUCUCAUGUGACUAUAUGGGUAACAGCUAAUUAUUCCCAUGAAAACUGUGUGACAACAAAGAACAUUACAAUCAUGCCUAGAAAAAUAGAAAGAUGCCCUUCACCCUUCAAUGUAAACACACAACAAUUAUUCAAUAAGCUAAUAAUAACAUGGGAGUCGCCACAAAAUAUACUACAGUAUGAAUUGCAAUACAAGGAAGCAACGCAAAGAACCUCAUCCUGGAUACCGGUCUCCAUAGAGAUGAAAGCCUUUAAUGUUACUAUCCCUGAUGUAAACCCAGCAGCAUCCUACAUGGUUCGCCUCAGAUGCAUACCCAAGAAUAACCACUGUUCUGUUUGUCUUUGGACAGAAGAAACUAGUAUCCCAUAUAAGCUUACCAAAAAGCCUACAAUUUUGAAUAAUAUAACUAAAGAGAUCUCACCAGGAAAAAUAAGUCUUUUUCUUACAUGGGAGACUUAUGAAAGCGAGCAUACCAUUGGAUAUUUCAUACAUAUUAAGAGAAUUCUUGACUCCUUCCAUGGAAUAACGUAUCUCAACAUAAAGAAAACUUGCCUGCAUCUGAAUCUCUCAAUGGCAGCUUACGAUAUUAAAAUCACUGCCUAUAAUGAACAUGGAAACUCAUCUUCAGUGAUAUACAGGGUUCCAGAUUUUGUAUCAACAUAUUCAGAUUUACCUGGUCAUCUCAUUAUUUCAAAUCAGCAAAAUUAUACUAUUAUAACCUGGAAUCUAAAAUACAACACUGACUGCCUGGCUAUUGAUUGGGGCACUGGAAUAGAAGCCAUGAAAUCUAAAAGUUUCUGUCAAAAUGAAACAAAUGUAAUACUUGAUCACCUCCAACCUUAUCAGUUAUACAAAGUAUUGCUGCAUGCAUGGGACCGUCAAAGCAAGGACUUAAUGAAAGAUGAACGGACAUUAGCGGUCGCCAACUUCUAUGCAGUGGAAGGAGUUCCCAGGAUAGGUCCAGCUAAUGUAACAAUUUCAGCUGUGACCAAACAUUCAGCUGUUGUGAAUUGGACUGAGAUACCUACAAAAGAUUGCUUGGGUUUCCUUUUGGGAUACAGAAUUCACUACACAGAAGUCACAAACAGCAUCUCUUGGGCCGUUACUAUUGAUUCUUCAAUGAAACAACACCGCUUGGCUGAUCUUAAGGCAAAUACCCAUUAUACAGUCCACAUUUCUGGCAUCACUAGAAAGGGAGAAGGAGCUCAAAGCCAGCCUCAGGAUUUUACUACGCUGAAAUAUGAUCAAGGAGAAUUUAAAGGAAUGGUUGUUGGCCUCUGUCUUGGCCUCAUAAUAAUUCCAGCUAUUACUAUCACAAUUUGUUCCUCAAUACUGAAACGAUCAAGAAAAUCUUGCUGGCCACCUGUCCCAAAUCCGAGAGACAGCAGUGCUAUGCAAGUUGCAGAAAAAACUUUUCCAGCGGCUCUCCUGAGACCCAGCUUACAACCGUUGCUUCCUUCAGCAGCACCACCACAGAACGAAGGCGAUAAGCUUUAUGUGAUAAAGGAUGAUUUGGAGGCAUUUCCUCCAACAAGUCCAGCAACUGGGAGAAUUUCCACCGAGUAUUCUGAAGCAGUUGUAAGGGAAAAGGAAGUAACAUUUCCCAAGCCUCAUAACAGAGUAAACACCAGUGAGAAGGCGAAGGCAGGCCUUCACCUUGAUUAUAUUGGUAUGGAAUUCAGUCACAAAGCCAUGCAGAAGCUUUCAGAGAAUCUGCCUAUGAAAACGGUCCAUCUCUAACAGUUGUCCAAAACCUCAGGAAGCAAAAAGAAUCACUGGUAUCUUGCUGUUCUUGAGAUCCUGUGAGGUAAAACCGAUGAUGGUUCAGGCAGUAAGCCAAUUCUCAGAAAGUGUAUCAAAAUAUGAGCAAAAGCCUCUUACCACUAGGUGGAGGAAAUGUAAUUAGAAUUCAUAUUGGCAUAAGUAGCAAUUGUUUGAUAAGAUUCUAAUCAGACAAUCUUAUUGAAAUUAUUUCAUUGUAUUUCAUAUAUCAUUGGGAAGGAUCUAAUUAUAAUUACAAAUAUAACUGAGUUUAAGUUCCGCAAUACAAUUAUAUUAAUUUCUACCAUGGGAAUUUAAUUAUUUUUAAGCCUAAUGAUUUUUACUUGAAACAAUUUAGCACUAUAUUUCUAGAAGGAUGUUGUGAGCUAUUGAAGCCACCCCUCCCUACAGUUUAAAGGCAUCAGCACCAUCUUGGUCCACUCUUUGCACAUGUUUUUUUUCUAAUGUACUUUAUGCCUAAUCUUUUUCAUAAUUCAGUUCUAUUUGUAGCAAUAUAGCAAAAUACCUAUUUUCAAAUUGUGCUAUUCAAGUUAUCAAAGCUUGAAACAAUUUCUUCAAUUAACAUAACAGUAGUCUGAAAUAAAGGCUACUUUGCUUUUGAUCCCUCUAUUACCUUAUAUGACGGUAAACAAAUGCUAACAGAAAUAUAUCAAAUACCUUUAUUAAUAUUUUUGCAAUGGACCAUACUGUCACUUAGAAGUUAAUAUUUACCAAUCACAAGAAUUCAUGCUAUUUGGAAGUGGCUUGAUAGCAGAAUGUGUGGUAAGGCAGUGGAAAUUAAAACAAAUAACAGUAUCUUUCAUGUUUUCCAGUUUAACUCCCCUACCCUUCUGUUGUGUUAUGACUUUAUCUUUUAUGGUAGUGUGGAAUAAGUUACUUCCAAAUUAUUUACAUUGCUAGAACUCUUGGAAGUGUAAGGUAAACCCCCAGCUUAAUUGUUCUAACAUAUUUCAAAGUCCUAUAAGGAUCUAAAAUUACCUUCUAUUCCCAAUGCCUUGUCAGCAACAUUUAGCAGUCAGCUUCUUUGGCACCUGUGCAGAUAGCAGCUCUUCCCACAUUUAUACAUGAUGCUAUGGUGGACAACAGGGUCAUCAUACCCACCCAUUGUACAAUCCUUGUUCUCUCCAAAGUCUGUAUCUGACAUUAAAGACAGAUUAUUCUACAACCUUGAUCUAAACAUUUGUGGUUAUAAUACAUAAGGCAGAAAGAUAGGCUGUGUGUCCCCGUUAACAAUUUUGUGGAAAUUUUAAAAAAGUAAAUUCAACUUGAGAAUUUAUCUGUUUUGAACUGACAGCAUUAUACUGUAUUAUAGAAGACUUUUUUUGUCACAUUGAAAUAAAUUUGUAUGCUUUUGGGGUUUGUUUUACAAUUGUUCCCAGAGUUCUGUAAGGUAGUCUGUAGUCUUUCUCUUCCUCUUCUUUGCUCUACAUCUUCCUAUUUCCACCAUCCCCCUCCCACAAUUGCAAUGUUAAGUGUUCAAAAUCUAUGGGAGGAACCCGAGCCCUCAGGAAAAACUAUAGAAGAAAAGAAUCAUGCAAACAUUGGCUACAGUAUUCUUCAAUUUGGUGCAAUAUUUUGCAUAAGGAAAUGUUUAUGUAUUCCUGUGAAACUACACAGAAACAAAAAAAGGGUCUC